AAGCGCAGUCAGGUUUCUGAAAGGAGAGCGCGUCGACUCGUUGCACUCAUUAGAGCUGUGGAGCUGCGCACAGAGCGGUUGCAUGUGCGUGAUCCGACGGCGCUACAGCAAGGAUUUCUCAAUAGCUCUUGUUUUUGGAAGUUGAUUUUGAUUCACAUCCCGAUGAGACACUACUAUAAAUAGGAAAAAAAUAAUGCCAGAAAGUGUCGCAAUUUAGAUUAACUUGCCUCUCGGUCCAGCUGACAGAAAACAUAUAGGAGAAUCCUUCGAGCAUUAUCACUGUCGAUGCUGGUGGACAUAUGAGCAAUAUUUGGGCGCUUCGAUUAUAUUGCUCCGGUCUGUAGGCUCUCUCUCUCUCUCUCUCUCUCUCUCUCUCUCUCUCUCUCUCUCUCUCUCUCUCUCUCUCUCUCUCACACACACACACACACACAGACACACACACGGUGGUGGGUCUGGCGGGCGCAAGUUGGGAGAACACCGAGAGGAGUUUGCCACACUUGCCCAUGUGAACAUCACUUCAGAACCAAGGACAGAUCCCAACCGCUGCCUGGCAAACAAGCUCAAAGUGAACAACAUCUGGACUCCGCUCGUCACAUGAAGCUCUUCACGUUGUCUCUGUGUGUGUUGUCGCACGGGCUUGUGGAAAAAGAGACCUGCAGAUAUAUCCGGGAAGAUACAUCUAGUGUACACAACCAGGUACUAUCAAACAUGCUGCACCCACUGAGAGAAGACUCCAAUGUGAUCUGCCUCCAGAGCCUGUGAACCUCUGCUCCUCUCUACUUCAACCAGCUGAACCCUGCUUCCUGAUCCUGCCAUGCUGAGUGUAGUGCUCUGCCCCAGGUCCUUGGCCAAUUCUGCCCAUUAUUGGCCUCUUCACAUGCUCCUUCUGGAGCUGCUGAUACUAGGAGUCCUGCCCAGCAUCUCAAGAUUACCACCCGUGGCCAAACGUGAGAUCAUUUUGGACGGGGACUUGGUGAUUGGAGGCCUGUUCCCGGUGCACCACAAAGGUGAAGGGAUGGAGGACUGUGGUAAGAUCAACGAGGAGAGAGGGAUCCAGAGACUGGAAGCCAUGCUGCUGGCACUUGAUGAGAUUAACUCCAGCGAUCGCAUCCUUCCCGGACUCCAGCUGGGGGCCCACAUACUGGACACUUGCUCGAAGGACAUGUAUGCUCUGGAGCAGUCUCUAGACUUUGUCAGGGCUUCCCUCACCAAGGUGCACGAUCCAGGCUUCAUCUGCCCAGACGGCUCCAGACCCAUCCAAAAUGAGGUUCCACUGGCUAUCUCUGGGGUCAUUGGAGGAUCCUACAGUGACGUUUCCAUUCAGGUGGCCAACCUCCUGCGAUUGUUCCAGAUCCCUCAGAUUAGCUAUGCCUCCACCAGUUCAAAGCUGAGCGACAAGACCCGCUAUGACUACUUUGCCCGCACUGUGCCCCCUGACUUCUACCAGGCCAAGGCCAUGGCUGAGAUCCUGCGUUACUUCAACUGGACCUACGUGUCCACUGUAGCAUCAGAGGGCGACUAUGGUGAGACUGGUAUUGAUGCCUUCCAGCAGGAAGCCCGUACUCGCCAAAUCUGCAUCGCUACUUCAGCCAAGGUGAGCCGCUCCAUGAACCGCCAGGGCUAUGACAAUGUGAUCCGCUCUCUGCAGCAGAAGUCCAAUGCCAAGGUGGUCAUCCUGUUCACCCGCAGCGAAGACGCCCGUGAGCUGCUGGUAGCCGCUACUCGCAUGAAUGUCACCUUCACUUGGGUGGCCAGUGAUGGAUGGGGAGCGCAGGAGAGUGUGGUAAGGGGCAGUGAGACAGCAGCAGACAGGGCUUUCACCAUCGAGCUGGCCUCUUACCCAAUUAGAGAGUUUGAGGACUACUUCACCAAACUGAACCCAUACACCAACACAAGGAACCCAUGGUUCAAAGAAUUUUGGGAGCACCGGUUUGGUUGUAGCCUUCAGGAACCUGGCUGCAGUGAACACAGCCUACGAGAUGGAACUUUUGAGCAGGAGUCCAAGAUCAUGUUUGUGGUAAAUGCAGUCUAUGCCAUGGCCUAUGCUCUGCACAACAUGAGGCAAGCUGUAUGCUCCAACACAUCCAAGGUCUGUGAUGCCAUGAAACCAGGUAAUGGCAAAAGGUUCUACAAGGAGUUCAUCUUAAAGACCAAGUUUGAAGCUCCAUUCAGACCUGCAGACACAGAGAACAUGGUGCGUUUUGACUCUUUUGGCGACAGCAUCAGCCGCUACAACAUAUUUCAUUACCACAAAGAAGAUGGGAAGUUCAUUUACAAGAAGGUUGGCUACUGGGACCAGAACCUGACCCUGAACACCUCCCUGGUACCCUGGCUUGGCCUUGGACCACCCACCUCUCAGUGCAGUGACCCCUGCAGGAAGAACGAGGUGAAGAGUAUGCAACCUGGAGAUGUGUGCUGCUGGAUCUGUAUCCCCUGUCAGCCCUACCAGUACCUGCAGGAUGAGUUCACUUGUGCUGACUGCAGCUUUGGUCAGUGGCCCCUGGCUAAUUUGACUGGCUGCUAUGAUCUACCUGAAGAAUACAUCCGAUGGGAAGAUGCCUGGGCCAUUGGGCCUGUCACCAUCUCCUGCCUUGGUAUACUGUGUACUCUGUCAGUAGUGGGCCUGUUCUUCAAGCACAAUGAGACGCCUGUGGUUAAAGCAAGUGGACGUGAACUGUCCUACAUCCUUUUGUUGGGAGUGCUCAUGUGCUACCUCAUGACCUUCAUCUACAUUGCCAAACCUUCCACUGCUGUUUGCACCCUACGGCGACUAGGCCUGGGCACCUCAUUCGCAGUGUGUUACUCAGCUCUUCUAACCAAGACCAACCGCAUCGCUCGUAUCUUCAGCGGUGUGAAGGAUGGAGCCCAGCGGCCACGCUUCAUCAGCCCCGCCUCCCAGGUAGCGAUCUGUGGCGCUCUUAUCUCCUGCCAACUGCUAGUGGCCCUUAUCUGGCUGCUGGUGGAGGUGCCAGGGGUUCGGAAGGAGGUGAGCCCAGAGAGGAGAGACGUGGUCACCCUCAAGUGCAACAGCAGGGACUCCAGCAUGCUCAUGUCCCUCACCUACAACUGCAUCCUCAUCAUCCUCUGCACUGUUUAUGCCUUCAAGACAAGAAAGUGCCCAGAAAACUUCAACGAGGCCAAGUUCAUAGGGUUCACCAUGUACACCACCUGCAUCAUCUGGCUCGCUUUCCAGCCCAUCUUCUACGUCACUGCCAGCGACUACAGGGUGCAGACCACCACCAUGUGCAUCUCUGUCAGUCUGAGCGGUUCGGUGGUUCUCGGCUGCCUUUUUGCUCCCAAGGUUCACAUCAUCCUGUUUCAGCCCCAGAAAAAUGUGACCUCGCUCAGAGUCACAACCAACCGCUUCAGUGCCACAGUUUCUGCUUCUGCCUCUGCUCCCAGCUCCAGUUACUCUAAAGGAUCAGCCUCUAACUAUGUGCCAGCAGUUUGUAACGGCCGCGAGGUGGUGGACUCUACAACGUCCUCUUUGUGAAAAAAGGUUCCUCUCUAAGCACAAGAGACCGUCCCAUCAUCAGUCAUCCCUCCAUUGAACAAGGCUGUGUUUGACGGAGUCCCCCCAUGCCAUCCAACAUGCUGCAGAGAGAUAACUCUGGCUGGGUCGACUGACUGACAGUGGCAAGGGUAACUAACUGUGAAAGCUAAAUGAUGUUCCUACAGCGAGCAGUAUGUAUCAAUUGUAAAGCCUUUUUGUAUAGAUUUAAUAUGCUGUGAUCUCCUUGGUUUACAGAUAGAUGUGAUUAAAUGCACCGUGCCUUGUCCUAAAAAGUCUUGUUGUCAAAUGGGUGCUUGUGAAGCAAUAGUGUUAUACAAAACAAAAGGCUGUUCUUAUUGUGUCCUUACAGUGCUGUGAAUAUAUCCAAAUGUUGUAGACAUUAACAAAAAAAAAAAAAUGCUAUGAAAUAAAUUUAGCCCUUCUGUUAAACAAAAUAUGUGACUAAUUAUAGUGAACGUGAUGAAAACUAGGCAACUAGACAAUAUAAAGGACAUGUGUUAAUGUAGACUGGUAUAACAGUGUGUGCUUUCCUGUAAUUUAUGUAAAUAAAAUGUUUUGUAAUAUUAAAAGAUUAAAUACCA